AUUUUGGGUGGCAUCAUUUUUACGCGCUAAAAAGUGAAUUUUGAGUUUUGUGCUGUAAAAUGGACACAUCGAACAACGUACGCCUGCAACUUCAGCAGCAGCAGGCACGCAAAUCGAAUCAAAACAUUCAGGUCUAUGUGCGCGUUAGGCCGCUGAAUGCACGCGAGCGAUGCAUACGCUCCGCAGAGGUUGUGGAUGUGCUCAAUCCACGCGAGAUCCUCCCACGCCACACCCUCGACUCGAAGUUGACGAAGAAGUUUCCGUUUGAUCGGAGCUUCGGCCCCGAGUCCAAGCAAUGCGAUGUCUAUGCGGUGGUGGUGUCGCCCCUGAUCGAAGAGUUGCUAAGCGGCUACAAUUGCACGGUGUUCGCGUACGGACAGACGGGUACUGGCAAGACGCACACGAUGGUGGGGUAUGAGUCCGCGGAGUUGAAGUCCUCUUGGGAAGAUGACUCUGAUGUGGUCAUCAUACCGCGUGCCUUGAGUCACCUUUUCGACGAACUCCGCAUGAUGGAAGUUGAGUUUACGAUGCGCAUCUCCUACCUGGAGCUGAACAACGAUGAGCUGUGCGACCUGCUCUCCACCGAUGACUCCACAAAGAUACGCAUCUUCGACGACAGCACAAAGAAGGGUUCGGUGAUCAUCCAGGGCCUCGAGGAGAUCACUGUCCAGAGCAAGGACGAUGUCUACAAGCUCCUGGAGAAGGGCAAGGAGCGACGCAAGACCGCGACCACCCUGAUGAACGCGCAGUCCUCGCGCAGUCACACCGUCUUCUCCAUAGUGGUGCACAUUCGUGAGAACGGCAUCGAUGGCGAGGAUAUGCUGAAGAUCGGAAAACUCAAUCUGGUGGAUUUGGCGGGCAGCGAGAACGUCUCCAAGGCGGGAAACGAGAAGGGGAUACGCGUGCGCGAGACGGUCAAAAUCAACCAGAGCCUCCUGACGCUGGGCCGUGUGAUUACCGCUCUGGUGGAUCGGGCCCCCCAUGUCCCGUACCGCGAAUCGAAGCUGACGCGCCUGCUGCAGGAGUCGCUGGGCGUCCGGACAAAGACCUCGAUCAUUGCCACCAUCUCGCCAGGGCACAAGGACAUUGACGAGACACUCAGCACGCUGGAGUACGCGCAUCGGGCAAAGAAUAUCCAGAAUAAGCCAGAAGUCAAUCAGAAGCUAACCAAGAAAACGGUCCUCAAGGAGUACACCGAGGAGAUUGACAAACUGAAGCGAGAUCUCCUCGCAGCGCGAGACAAGAAUGGCAUCUAUCUGGCGGAGGAGACCUACGGGGAGAUGACCAUGAAAAUGGACUCGCAGAAUCGAGAGCUCAACGAGAAGAUGUUGCUGCUGAAGGCCCUCAAAGAUGAGCUGCAGUCGAAGGAGAAGACCUUCAACGAGGUGAGCCUGAGUCUCGUGGAGAAGACCCAGGAGCUGAAGAAAACGGAGCAGCACCUAACCGACACCAAGGGGAGUCUACUGCUGACAAAGAAGGUCCUCACGAAGACCAAGCGCCGCUACAAGGAGAAUAAACAGCUGGUGGCCUCGCACAUGAAAACGGAGGAGACGCUCACGACGCAGGCGCACAAAAUCCUGACCGUGGCAGAUCUGGCCACCAAUGAAACGGAGCAGCUUCAAGGCUACAUCGAACGGCGAAGGGACACCGAUGAAAAGAUACGCAGUGCCUGCGAUCAGUUCAAGGAUCGCAUGCAGGACGAUCUGAAGGUGAUUGGCGGCCGCCUGAGUCUCUAUUUGGAGCAGCAGGCGGCCUCCAAGCAGCAUCUGAGCCAGGAACUGGUACCCGUCUGUCCGUACGCGAACACCGUGCAAUUGUAG